AUGUCGCCCCUUAAUUUGUUUCAGACUCUUGAACCCUGUUUUCCAGGAACCCGAAUCAUUUAUGAUCGAAAGUUUCUGUUGGAUCGUCGCAAUUCUCCUAUGGCUCAGACCCCGCCCUGCCAUCUGCCCAAUAUCCCAGGGGUCACCAGCCCUGGCACCUUAAUCGAAGAUUCCAAAGUAGAAGUAAACAAUUUGAACAACUUGAACAAUCAUGACAGGAAGCAUGCAGUUGGGGAUGAUGCUCAGUUUGAGAUGGACAUCUGACCGUCCCGCAGGAGCAGCAGGAAAGCAGCAGUGCUGAGGCUGUAUACACCGGAUUGGGCCCAUCGGAUCAACAGUGAACGGACAGAGGGGCAGCCAGCAGUCCCAUUGCAGCCCCCGAGACCUCCUCUUCCUUCCUCUGGGUGCCAAAUGAUGCGAAGAUGAGCUUCAUCUGACCAUUUCCCCUCCCUGUUUCCUGUCCCCCUUCCCAGUUACACAGAGUUGAUCCAAGAUCCUUGGCAUAUUUCCGUAGACCUAAGCAGCCCACAGAGGAAAGCAGUUAAACUCUGGCUUCCGUAGUCAUUUUACAGUUGAGAAAACCUGUCCUCCCCCCACCCCCCAUUUUUUAAAAAUCCCAAAUCAAAUAUCAACCUGCCAACAAUUGCCUGGCUGGGAAGUCUGGGGAAGUGACACAGAGGUGUGGUGGGUUCAGCAUUGUCCGUGUCCUGACCCUCUGUCUGCCCUCCCUGUCUCCCACCUGUGGUUCAGAGCUGUAAGAGUCUGGAUGUCGGGUCUUCACAGCCAUCAGAGGGCAAUGGUAAUGGAGAGGAGAGCCACUCUCCCUCGUACCCUGAGCUGUUUGUCCUUCAGGCCAGAGUGCAGUUUGUACAGCUCUGCUAGCAUCACCCUGCGACGUUUUCUGAGGUCCACUUCCCCUCCUUCCUCUGGCAGGGGUGUCUUCUGUCUUUGAUAUUUGAGCGCCGCUUCCCAGUCCUUCACUUAGCACAUCUGUGCAGAAAGGUGUGAGCCCCACCUGAGGGGGGAGUCCUUGGGAAGCAGCAGAGCUCUCCUCUCCUCCUUCCUCCCUGCUAGUGCCCUGUUGCCCGCCAUCCCCUUGUACCUGAGCCACCAGGGUGAUUCUGCCGCUCCCCGCUCCCGCAACAGGCCUACCCAAGCGACAGGCACUUGGGGGGAGGCCUGGUUCAUAGCGUUCUGCCGGGUGACCCCGAAGAAUGACCUGGGGAGCGUGCUGAACCAGGUGGGUACUCAGACUCAGUAGUCCUUGCUUUCUAGUCCACCGAGCUUUGGGAUAAUCAUUGUCUCUGAUGGCAGUGUCUUAUAGUUUGAGUUUAAAAGGUGACUUUCAGAAUGCUCUUAGAAAAGAACCAAACUUUUUUCCUUUGUAGACCUGCUGAGGCUCCUGGGAUAGAUAAGCAUGGGCUCGAAAGUGGGUUCUCCCCAUUGUCUUGCCUUCCCCAUCGUACUCGUUGUCCCUCUCCCUCCCUCCCUCCCUCCCACCUUCUCUCUGCCAGGCCAUUUUUCAAAUACACAUCAAAGAUACCUCAAGUGUUGGUAUCUGAUAAUAUCUCACUCCUCUUAUCUGAGGAGUGAUCUUUUAUUUUUAAGAUGACUACAGACCUAUUUUUAGAUAUGUUUUCAAUACGAUUUUGAACAGCAACUUUUUAAUUACACAUCUUCCGGUGUUAGGAAGGUGAGAAAUGUCCAUGGGCGAGUCUGCUGCUCCCUGUCACCAUCCUUUGUCUCCCUGAGUCCCUGACGAGCUCUUUGCUUCUCCCUCUAGUUUUGGGUGUGCAUGUUUGCAGUUUGUAGUGGGUGGUGUGUCAAACUGGACCAUUCUGCCUUGCCAUGGCUUGUUUACGAGCGCCUCGUUCUUUCCCUCCCCGUUUGCUUUUUCAUGCGCCCCCUCACCCUCCCGACUAUUGACUGGCACAAUAAUCCCGGGAGAGUGACCACCUUGUAGAAAGACUAACACCUCUGUCCUCAUAGAACGACAAGUAAAGUAGCCGCUGGUGUCCUGGGAAUUUCUGGUCGCAUUUGGUGCCCUGAACCCUCUCAUUAAGAGACCACAUCCCAGGGUGAGAGUAACAGGCCAUCUGGCUAGGAAAGAAAGCUGUUUGUUUUUCUUUUGAACUAUGAAAAGACCCUGUUUAUGAACACAUUUUAGACAGAAGAGAGGAAGGCUGUCCAAGGAACUUUGUUCUGUUUUCUACUACAAAAUGUGAAUAGUACAAAGAGUGAACCUUCUGUGAUGGUUGAUGUUUCUCAGGAAUAAGCUGGAUCUCCAAAAUUUGGGGGAUGCUUUCAGUCUCAAAAAUCGAUGAUCAAAAAAAAUAUUUCCUUGUUUGUUUGUGUAAUGUAUCCCUGUUCUGAUUUUAAUUAAACUCCCAAAUUUCGCUUUCCAUACUCUUGGAAAAAGUUCAGUUGCACCGUCAUUUGCAUGAGAAGCUUGCUCAGGACCCCUUUGUCCCCUGGGAGCUUGAUUCUUUGGGCAUGAGACUUCUCGUUCUUCAUAGCUGGCUUUGGCAUUCAUGGAACCUGGUUCCAACUCCAGGUAGUCGAGCAGUGAGCAGAAGAGCGCCUCUUCUUGAUCUUUGUUGCUGCACUUGAAAAUCUGGCCUCGCUGAACAGCGGGGAAUGGAUUUAAAACAUGCCAGCUUGAGUGAUGUCAAGGCGCCAUUUUCCCCUUUUCUGCCAUCUUGGGAAAUCUCUGCACACGGUUCCCUAAUCGGAGGCCAUUUUUCUAGUUUUUGCCGGGAGUGUCAGCCGUAUGAUACAGCAGCAGCCUGCUCCUUCAGUCUUCUCUGCAAGGCCCUCCUUACUGGUUGGUGUCCUUUCCUAGAGGCCACUGCUAUGAGAGAUGCUUUGACCUCCAUGAACCUGCAUUUUAAAGAUCGUUUCACAAGGCAACAGAUUAACUUGUAACAGAUGACACCUUUGUGCCAUGCCUCAAGAAUGAUUUUUUCAGGGCGAGCCAGAUCCAGAAGAAUGAAUAAUCUCUCCUGGCUUUCUCUUGGGGAGGGAGAACCCUUAGGGGACCAUCUGAGUGAGAUGGUUCUUAAAAUCUUAGUGAUCAUUUGCUCUUUUUAUGAGGAAACCAUGUUUCUGAACCUCUGAGGACAGUCCAUCUUGGUGGAAAUGACCUCGUUCCUCCAAAUUCCAGCAGGAGACACGCGUUGUCUUGGUCUGUCUGUACAGUAUGGUUUGCUGAGACCACCACGUCUUCAUAUUCUGUUUAAAUAGCUGAACGUCCUCAGGAGCACCCUGUCAAGCAGCUGGCUUCUUGGUAUUGGGCUGUCAAGCCCGGAAUUCUGUCAUCCCACCUGUAUUAGUUAUCUUCUGCUGUGUGACAGAUUACCCCCAAACUUGAAAUCUUGAAAGAGCAAAUGUUUUCUGUCAGCUUCUGGAGGUUAGGAAUCGGGAAGCAGCUUAGCAUGAUGGUUCUGGCACAGGGUCGCCGGAAGUUGCCAUCAGGAUGUCGGUAGGGUCUGCAGUCAUCUAGCUAGGGCUGGAGAACCCACUUCUACGUGCACUGUGGCUUGUUGGUGCGUUCUCUGCAUAUGGGUCUCUGUGUAGAGCAGCGCGAGCGUCCUCAUACCAGGACAGCUGGCUCCCCCCGGAGCAGGUGACCCCAGGGAGAGGGCAAGAAGGAGUCUGCAGUGCCUUCCGUGACGGCCUCUGAAAGCACACACCAUCACCUCUUCCCUAUUGUGUCCCUUAGAAACAAGCUCCUAAGCCCGGCCGACACACAGGGGAGGGCAGUGACACCCACCUGUGAGGGGAGCAGUAUCAAAGAAUGUGAGGAUCUAUCUUAAAAUCACCUCACCCCCUACAGAGGAUAAAGUCAGUCCAACAGGGGGGUAGGUUAAACUAGAUAACACAAAGAGAUGUUGCUACUGCAUCUCCAAACUGAAUAGAAGACAGACACUCUUCUCUUUCCCCAAAGUCAGCUGCUGGUUUGGAGAGUGGUGGCAAGAAAUGACGAUUCCCAAGAGAAUAAAAAGAGCUCUACGUUUGCCUGGCUACCAGCAGUGCAAGGAUGCUUCGGGGCGAGUCCUAGGCUUUGUGUCUCUCAGACUCCGCACCACGUCUUUGCAUCUCCGUGAGCCAGGAACUGAAAGGGAAUUGGAUCCUUCUAACUCAGCCACUAAAGCGGACCUAAUUGGAGUCAGGGUUGUUAAGGCAAAGGAAGAAAUGUGAAUGAGAUGUUGGGUUACCGGGCUGAAUGAAAGCUUCACGGUUCGGAUUCAGGGUGAAGUAGAUGAUUGCAUCUGGAAGCCAGGCCCCUGUCAGAGUCCAGGUGUUGGUACCUGGUCUCUGCAGCCAUACGAGCUGAAACAGAUUUGGGUCGGGUGGCUCACCCAAGAAGCCACUUCUCAGUUCAGUAGGGGACAUCUGGGAAUUAGAAAUGUCUGUCGGUGCUUGAUUGCACCUCUAAAUCCAGUGUGUGUCUUACCUGGGUGCCCGCCUCAGGCCGGGCUUCCUGAUAGAGAUGUGUCUUAAAGAGAGCCGGUCAGUCGAACACAUUCCUAGGGAGCAUCUCCUGGGCGUCUGGCGCCCAUGCCCAGCCAUGUUUUAGAGACUCGAGACAUCUUCAAGAUGCACGUUCCUGUCUGGCUUUAUGCUCUGCCUCUUCUCUGGCCCUGCUUGGUGGAGUGUGCACUUGACUAAGAAGCAUUGCUGCUGAGGCAGCCGUAAGAACAAGGGCACUUCCUCCACGAGUAAGGACUCCUCUUCACAGCACUUUCCCAUGGCUUGUCUUUUUCCUUCUGCUUUUGAGGCAGUCACAAUAGAUGGUCUUUCGUUUUGCGUUUGGGCCCCCAGCUCUUUGGGACCGUCUGACCUUGGUGCGGACAGCUGCGGCAGCACGAAGCCUGCUGCCUGGGUGGCUUGUCCCCAGAGCCCGCCAUUCAGCCGGCGCACGACCCACGUGCCAUCGAGGCAGCUGGUAGGAGGGGCUCAUUGUGCUGCAGCAGGACCCCAGAAACGGGCUCUUUACUCUUUCUCCCCUUCUUGGAUAUUCGAUGGCGUGUCAAGCAUCUUGGCUGCUUGAAGCCAGGGCCCCGGGCCCUUUGAGUUCUCCCGCAGAGAGGCGGUCCACUGCCUCUCCAUCUGGGCCGGAACUUGCCGGUCGAGGCAUGUUUCUGGACUACAGGCACAGCAGCUGUCUAUUAAUCUGCGAAACCCAAUCACUUACCCACCCAUGACAUCUGGGACCGGGUAAUCAUUUUAAAGAAGCACGGUUUUUUUGGGAGGGCAGUUUCUGUCUGGACUUGGAAAGGGGUGUGGUUAACCGCGCCUCCCCAUUCCUGUGUCCUAACCUCCCCAUUCCUGUGUCCUAACCUCUCAGCUUUUAAUAAAGGAUGAAAUCAGAUCUUGAGGCAACUGGGUCACAAUUCUUUUGAAUGCUUAUUCCCCAGGGGCAUUUCCUGUUCUAGUAAGGAUUUUCCAGUUUAGCACUGAGGUUUCCUUGAGGCUAGCUCAGGAAUUUCUUACAAAAGACUAAGGAGAUGGAUACAAACUUAUUUUUUCAAGCAAUCAUUCAUGUCUCCUUUCCCACCCUCUGGAAUUUAAAUUUCAUUCUCUGGGCUGGUCCUAGAAGUGAAUACCUUGUGGCAAAACUAGAUUUAAGAGGUCUCUUGAGUUCAUACAUCCUUUCCUCUGCACCUAUUCAGAUGGUCUGUGGGUUCUCUUUGCUUAACAACUCUGCCUGCAGCCUGGGCCAACCACACGGUAUGGAUGGCCGGGGGAAAUGUUGCCGAGGUGAAACACAGUUCCCUGAGUAUUUAAAUUCUUACUCUGCCACCUUUCUAAGUGUAGGGGGCUAACCGAUGCUGCAAUGCUUGAUAAUCAUGUGGCCACGCUGAAAUUUCCAAAGGGAGCUCUCGCCGGUGCUUACCCCCCAAAUUCCUGGACACUUCUAACAGAGAGAGUUCCAUGAUUCUAGCCCAGAAUAGCCAGUCUUGCCCCCGGUGUAUCCCCUUCCUCUCCAUCUUAAUCUUGAAAAACAAAAAACCAAGCCCAGGCCAAGGGUAAGUUUUACUUGAAACCAGGAGGGUGGGGAGGAACAUGAGCUAAGGACGAGUUGUCCGAGUAAGCCAUCCUGCUCCUGGUGGCCGUGGCCAAACCACUGAGUCCCAUGAGCCAGUGCCUUUCCCUCCCCCAAAGAGGGAGCCCGCCUCUUCCCACCUGGGUACCCCAGGGGCAAGCCUCAAAGGAGGCAUCUUGGAGAGCCCAGAGGACACUCACAUGCCUAGGGGUCCAUUUUAAGCAUCUUUAAGAUAUUUUCUGUAUAAAACAAAUGCCCUUCCCUGUCUUCGUGCCGCCAGUGGCCCAGUUCCAUCCACUGAACGGAAAAGUGGAGACUGCCGUUACUUCUUUGGUCUUCCCUUCGUCCCCUUAGACGUGGUCGCCCCCCGCCCCUCCCGUCCAUUUCACCAUCGUGGAUGGAGAGCGGAGGACACCAUGCGGUCUUGAGGCAGUCCCGUGUGAAUCCGUGAUCACUUUUGUUGGUGUUUGUUUUUUGGUUUUUUUUUUGGUAACUGUCCUAAACCAGCAGGUGUUUGGAAAUUAGGGAAAAAUUAAAUUCUCACCAAUGGUUGCUGUUACAGUUAAAUCAAUAAAGAUCUUGAGUAUCAA